AUGGCAUAAUAAUAAUUUAAUAGUUUGUUCUACCAAUAAAAGUUUUACAAUAAUGUUGCAUAUUUAAAAAGAUAAUUAACUUUCUAUAGAGAGCAAGUAAUUUAAUUUUUAUAAUUAGAAUUAAAAAGAACCAAUAAAUUUAGUUUGCAUAGACUCUCUAAGCUUUACUAUAGGAUAUUUUGUAGUAAAAGAAUCAUUAAUAACUUAGAUUUAAGGAAAUAAGUUUAUUUAUGUUUUCGUCUGA